GUAUUCGAAGAAAUAUACUCACAAGAGUUCUUUAGAUAUGCUUACGUCUGUGUUGUGUAUCGCUUCACUGGUAACUCUUCUCGAUGCUCGUAUUUCAAUAAAUAAAGAAAGAUUUGAACCAUUGUCAGAUGACAUCAUCUCGUAUAUCAAUCAACAUGCUUUCGGUGCUGUCGAUGCCAUGAGUGAUCGAACCUGCAUACAGUCACGUGGCAGACAAUCUGUGGAACUAAGUGCUGUGGAUCUAGUGAGUUGUUGCGAAGGUUGUGGAUUUGGUUGUGAUGGUGGAUUUAUUGGUGCUGCUUGGGAUUAUUGGAUAGGGGAAGGUAUUGUUACCGGAAGUUCGAAAGAGAAUCACACAGGCUGUCAACCAUAUCCAUUCUCAAAAUGUGAGCAUCAUGCCAAGGGGAAAUAUCCUGCAUGUGGCAAAAGACUUUACAAGGCUCCUCGAUGUAAAAAGACUUGUCAGAAAAGUUACAAAAUCCCAUACGCCCAAGACAAGCAUCGAGGUAAAUUAUCCUACAAUGUUGCUGACAAUGAAUUGUCUAUUCAAAAAGAAAUCAUGAAGUAUGGACCAGUAGAAGCAAGCUUCACCAUUUAUGAAGAUUUUCUAAAUUACAAAUCUGGGAUCUAUGAACAUAUUACUGGGGAACCAGUCGGUGGACAUGCCAUACGUAUAAUCGGAUGGGGCGUAGAAAAAAACACACCUUAUUGGUUGAUCGCGAAUUCGUGGAAUGAAGACUGGGGUGAAAGUGGAUACUUCAGAAUACUACGUGGUCAUGAUGAAUGUGGCAUCGAAUCCGAGGUAACAGCUGGUCGGGUUAACUAAUUACACUAUCUUUAAACAUUAUCAUAAAAUUUUACUUAGAGUGAAGUCAUUACAAAUGUAUACUGAAUACUUCUGAGAAACGUUCUAUAUUCAUAUUAUCUUUUCAAUCAUCUUAUAUUAUAAAUAAACGGUUACGAACUCUCACUAAACUCUUCACUGAAUAAAUGUCUUCGCUAGGCGGAUUCUCGUUACAAGACGUUUAUCCAGAUUAACAAGGCGGCUAAAAGCUGAAUUAUUUUCGAUGAACUACUAAACCGUUGUCUAUGUCCAUUCAUUGAACGAGUCCAUGUUCAUUCAACUUACAUGUUUAUUGAAUUCAACUCAUACAUUUAAUGUCACAAGUUUUAAUCUAAUUUAGAAAACACAAACUUCAGGUAUCGAAUCUAUUUUCAACCUGUAAAGUGGUACGUGUUCUCACUAGGUUAGAUGAAAAUCAAUCAUUUCCAUCUACGAAAAUUCACCACACAUUAAUUUAGACUUGUAAGUAGCAUAAGAUUAGUAAUGAUGAAAUGUUGUGAAAUUGUGUAAAUAGAAGUACAACUGUACUGAACGAUAACAAUAGUAGGGACUGCUGAAUGUAAUUGAAUACGAAAUCACAGAAUCACUUGAUAAUAUCUGAGAACCAUACAGUAAAUACUUCAUUUCCAAAAUGUCAAUCAAUCGUGUCAAACUUCAUUGUUCCUUCGUUUCCCAUCAAUCAUUUUCUGUUCUCGUUCUCUUUUUCUUCCAUCUUCUUAACAUUACACUUUAUAUUAGUACCUAAGAAUGAGAGCUGCCAAG